UAUAGUCGGCCAUAUUGUCCUUGUUGUUGACAGAAGUUGGAGCAAAACGGGGAAAUAAUGGCCACGUUAUCGGAAAGGGAGAAAAAUAAACUCGUCCAGGAGAAAUGCCAGAGUAUCCUCACCGAGCUGCUCAAGGACGAGGACAACAAAUACUGUGUCGACUGUGACGCGAAAAGUCCAAGAUGGGCAUCGUGGAACCUGGGGAUUUUCCUGUGCAUCCGCUGUGCCGGCAUCCACCGUAAUCUUGGGGUUCAUAUUUCCAGGGUCAAAAGUGUCAAUCUCGACACAUGGACACCACAACAGGUUGCUUGCAUCCAGCAGAUGGGCAACAGUCGGGCAAGGGCAGUGUAUGAGGCAAACCUGCCCGACAACUUUCGGCGGCCGCAGAUGGACUCUGCCUUGGAGCAAUUUGUGAGGGCAAAGUACGAAGCUAAGAAGUACAUUGCACGUGAGUGGGUUCCUCCCCCUAUGCCUAACCCCACAUGGGACUUGGAGUUGGAAAAACAACUGAGGAAGAAGAAAAGAGAAAAGACCAGUGGGACAGUGGAGUUACCUGCUCCUGUAAGUGGACGUAAUACAAGCAGAGGAACAAGUGCAUCUCCCAAGCCACUGCCAAAAGCUCCAGGCAGCAAGAGUUCCUCUCCAUCACCAGGGUCUGUUGCAAAAGGAACUGCAUCAUCAUCAAAAGCAUCAGCCACAGCCACUGCAUCAAGUGCCACGCAGGACUUGCUUGGGCUGGAUGCACCCUCAACUAAUGGUACAAGCACUGAUAGUUCAGAUCCAUUUGGAGAGUUUGUAGUAGCACCAGCCAGCCAGACAACAAGCACUCCAAAUGUAGCAAGUAAUACAGCAAACCAAGAAACUCCAGCUGCUCCUGCCAGUGACUCUGCCAAAACAGAUGAGGAGAACUUCUUUAAUCAAAAAUUACCUGAGGGAGGGUCAGAUAAAUUGACAAAGGACUCAAUCCUAGCCUUAUAUGGGCAAGCACCUGCUCAACCACAGCCAACCAAUGUAUAUGGUGUUCCCAGUAAUGUGUACAUGGGGGGGGCACCACCUGGCCAACCCAUGCCUCAAGCUCCAAUGGGUAUGCAGAAUGGAGCGGUUAUGGCACCCCAGCAACAGAACAUGAUGUUCAUGGCUCAAAGUGGUAUGGCAGGAAGCGGUGUCCCAAAUCCUUUCUUUGCCAAUGGCAUGCCACAGGCUGUCCCCACUUCCAUUCAGCUCUCAGCGGCCAAUCCAUUUGCUCAGAUGCAGUCCCAGAUGGCCGGCCUCAACAUAGGGUCUGUAGGAGGGAUGAUGGGUGCGCAGCCUCCCCUCAUGGGUCAGCCCCAAGGCAUGGUUGGUGGAAUGCCAGGAAUGAUGGGAGGAAUGGGUGUUGGAGGAGCCCCGGCAGGUGCAGGGGGCCUUCCACAAGGCAUGGGUGGUCACACUUCUGCCAGUGGGCUCGGAGGCAACACCACCUUGGCCACCAACUUGUGGCAAUAACUAUUGUGUAAGCUAGGUCUCAGUUUUUAUACCUCAGCCAGACUCUGUGGUGCUACAUGCUGGAUUGAAAUGGCCGAGGUAACACUGCGUAUGCUCUGGGUGAGUUAAGGACUUGUAUAGUGGGUGUGUUGGGACCAGGUAUGAGGAUGGAAUGAUGGCACUGCACAGACCAGCAGCGCCAGGCCUGGAGUGCCAGAUAUACAGAUGUACAGUUGUGGUCGUAGGGGUCUGGGUUCUUUUUGUUGCUAAGGGUAAACAAUGUUUAUAUACUCAUAUUGUUCCCAUUUGUUAUGAAGUGUAUCCUGGAUACAUAUUUGGUACUGAAUAUAAUCAACUAUAGGAGAGAGAGAAAAAAAAAAAAAAAAAAAAAAAAAUCUGCUCCAGAUGAACAUUUUCUCCAAUUUAGAUGUUGAAGCCUUAAGGAGGAAAUAGUUAUCAAAGUAGCUAUUUUAUAAUGGUGAUAGUGUUUCAUGGUGCAAAUAACGUUGCAAAUAAAGCUUUACUUCUGCUCUGAAACCAAACUGUAUGAAGUAAUCCUGUGUCAGGGACUUAAUCAAUGAAUGCCAAAUGUUUGUACAGAUGUGCACUAUCCAUAUUAAUCUAUGAUUUUACGUUGUGUAUAAUGUAAUUUUUUUUUUCCAAAAUGAAGAUCUGUAGCUUGCAAAGUAAGUGUUUUGAAGGCAGUAUAGAACUUGGCUCAUAUAUGAUAGAAGCUGUUGGCCUGUAAUUAUAUUCAUAGGAUUUUAUUUUUUAUUUUAGUGCUGACUAAAGAGCUAAACAUGAACUAUACAUGUAUUUGGAUAUAUAGAUUGUUUUGGAUUUUAGAUUUUUUUUUUU